AUGUUCGACCAGGCUCUUCAUCUUUGUUCCGGAAUGAAUUGGGUCAAUUUGGGCAUGGUUGUCCCUAAUAGGAAUCUCGGUCCGGUGGCAACAUGGUCUUCUAACUCGGAGUACGUCCCAGGAGAGUCGAGGCUCUGCAAUCCGACCACAAUCUAUUUUUGUCUCGUGUGUGUAGUCCCCUUGGUCUUCAUAAUCUUCUCUGGAGGUCACUCCAGUCAUUCGGUCUAUGAGGAGACUUUACUGAUCUCGAAGGGAAAUAGGAAGCCUUUGGCCGUACAGGAACUGCGAAACGGAAACAAAACGGAACAGAAAGGAAGCGAACACGAAAUACAGAUACAAGCACAAGCACACAGGAAAAGAAUCGCCAGGAGAAGGAUGGGGAAAGAGCUAGUGCGGGAGCGAGAGCGAGAAAGUGGAGCGCAAAGAUCAACGUGCGUGCGUGCCGAGUUGAAGGAGGAAAGGACAACCGUCAACUCAAUUGUGCAAACACCCAACUUAGUGGGCCAUGGACUGGUUGUUGUAUCGAUGAAGGAGCUUAUUUUCGAGGACGCUGGCGAGAUGCCGAUUUAUGUCUCGGGUGACAGCUGCUUGUCCAGCUCUGCGUUGAGGUGGAAGACUUGA